GCCCGAGACUCGAGUCUUAGUGGUGUUCUAUUUGGACCGGUCGCCAGUUGUGUUGAGGCUGUGCCCGUUACCUCACCCCCUCGUUAAGCCCGCAGUGACGAUUGGGAACGAUCCCCCCGUUGCCUCCUGCAGCGUGUUGGGCAUUUAAGGGGCAAAACGAGGAUAGUUAAGAGACUAUCUCAGUAUUAAUGUUAAUCACCGCGAUGUAGUCAGAGGGUGGGCGGACGCGUGUAGUUCCUCUCGCGAACACAUCCCACAUGAGGGCUGCCUCGCACGGCAGGCAGGCUCGUCGGUUCUCUCCAGAGGAACCUUUUACCUGUUCCGUGCCUCUCGCCACCCCUCUGGACUGUAGCGUUGCCCUGCAGUGUGCCGUACAUCCCCAGCAGUGAGCCAGGAUGGAUAUGAGUGGGAUGGACCAGGCGGGGCAGGCAGCCGCGGGGGGCUACAUGAACCGCUGGUACGACGGCUCAGAGGGAGGCCAUACCGGCCUCCACCAAGACUACUACAACAGUAUGGCACAAGCCAUGCACUGCGCCUAUGGCAACAAUAUGGCCGCACGGAUGGGUUCCAGUCAAGUGUUCCGGCCACACUUCGCCUCAACUCUGCAUCCGUGGUUGGGCGGCGAUAAAAGUGUUGUGGGUGGUUCCUCGUCAUCCUGGCACUCCCCUUUUUCUAAGCCACACCACUACGCCCACGCCCACUCCUCCACCUCGCCCGCGCCGCACUCCAACACCUACGCCUACUCCUACACGACUUCGGGAUUCUUCUCAUCUGCCUUAAACAAAGACGAGACGAUGGCAGGCAGUGCGGGGGGCGGCGGGCCCGUCUCAGAAUACUCCAUGGGUGGAGGCGACGACGGCUCCGACCUCAAGAGUGCCCCCAUGCUCUCCCCCCUGGGCGCUUGUGCCAGCAAGAGUGGGCGUGAAGGUGCGGGCUUUUCCUCCACCCCUGGGCACAGCGGGGGCGUUGGGGAGGCCUCAGCAACGCCUCUCCUUCCCUCCUACCCCCCCUAUCAUGGCUCCUUGGGAGGGGGGUCAGAAUUCCCCAACCCUUACUACCCGCCUUCCUCACACUUCAACAAGGCCCUCGGCCACGACAAGCCGAAGUCGAAGCCGCGUUCCUCGGCCGAGGGCCGCGAGUGCGUCAACUGCGGUGCUACGUCGACGCCGCUGUGGCGACGCGACGGUAAUGGUCACUACUUGUGCAACGCCUGCGGCCUUUACUACAAGAUGAACGGCCAGAACCGACCACUCAUCAAGCCCAAGCAACGCAUGUCUGCCCAGCGGAGAGCAGGGACCAGCUGCGCCAACUGCAAGACCACCACCACCACGCUCUGGAGACGCAACCAGAACGGCGAACCCGUCUGCAACGCCUGCGGCCUCUACUACAAACUUCACAACGUACCUCGGCCGCUGUCUAUGAAGAAGGAAGGCAUUCAGACCCGGAACCGCAAAUUGAGCUCUAAGUCCAAGAAGAAGAAGGGGAUGCUAGGCUUCCCAGACAUGCUGAAGCCCCUGGACAAAGGAGGCUUCGGUGGAUUCGGCACUGGAGGUUUCGGCACUGGAGGCUCCGGAUUCGGCUCCAUGUCACACUACAUGUACGGCGGACAGAUGCACGGCUCCUCUAUGGCUGGUGGCUUUAUGUCGGCGCCGCCCGUGCAUGGUAUGUCCGCCAUGUCUGGAGGCCUAGGAAGUUUAGGCCUCUCCUCCACCUCACAGAUCCAGAUCCCCUCCGCGUCGAGCUUAAGUCUUCCGUCGUCUAACAGUAUAGUGGGCGCUAUGGCCUAGGGACACGCCUCCGCCGACGGCCGCAGCAGCUUGCUGGCCAGCCUCAGCCGCGAGGGCGUCGCUGCCUUCACCUCCGCCGCCCAACCAAUGGAGACUGCGGAGCCUCAACCCUCCUACAGCGGCGCCCACCUGUAUUCCCCUCAAGGCGUGUCAAGCGCUUCCAGUGGGAACAGCAGUGGAAGAGGUGGGGCUAGCCAAAUAGGGUGCGGGGAUGGGGGCCUAAACAGUGGGUACCUUGGGUCAUUACCCCACCACCUGGCCUCCUCCUCAGGCGCCACCUGAUGCGGAGUUCGUUGCCGUCGCGCGGACCAACAAGAUAGCCCAGCCGGUGUCCAAGUCUUUCAGGUGCUAGUGAUAGACAGUGUGUCCAGGGUGUGGGUUCGCCACACUCACUCCAGCGUACUCUUCACCUCAUUCCACUGACACUGUGAUUUUUACCUUACCGAGGUCACUAUUUAUUUGAGUGGCGCGGGAGACGGAGAGCUGGUCUCUUGUGGGAUUGCAGGACCAAGUCUUCUGUGCCACCGCUGCACCCGAUAUAGACAUGACCCUCUGGGAACCUAAUAAAAAAAACAAUUCGUUACACACGAUGACGCUGAGGACUCGACCGUUCGUGUUUGGUUGUCAGAUCUUAUUUGGCUCCUACAGCAGCGGCUGAGUAGUGCAGUCCACUUGUAUCUCUUUAUUUUACACAGUGGCAAAUUCGGACUUUGAAGUCCUCCUUUAGAAACCUCAAAUUAACCCCUGGCUUUUAAAGUCGGUUUCUGAUAUUAGUAGCAUCUACUAAAACAGUGAAUAAUGUGUAAAACAUGAGCCACGGUUAAGUGCAGACUCCGUCCCACCUGGGACGGGAUGUUCAGAAUUGUUCAUCAUUUGGCGUACGUAACGUGUACAGUACGAGAGGUGAGCUGUAGAUAAGUGAAUGUAAAAUUGUUUAUCUCUAUAAUUACUAGUCGGCUAUUUUUAUUAUAAAGUGUUUUCCGAUUACAUUACCCUGGCCAACAGAGUCAAAACGAGAUGAAUACAUUUCUUCACAACAUAAGUUAAAGAUACAAUUUUUAAAGGGUUUCCUGAUUUGUUGUACAUGUGCUCUCGUUUGUGUCACUUAUGAAUGCUCCGAGCGUGACUCAAGUGGUAAUGAGGACAGAAACAGAGGACACGUUCUUCAGCAAUGAAACUGAGGAAAAUGGCCUUUUGGACAGGUCUCAGGUCCCCUCCCCCACUUCCUCACCAUGUCACGAAGAAUGGUCAUUCCUGGCCAGGGUAAAGAAUAUUUCUGUGGUUUCCGGAAUAUUUAUGUAGUGCGCGAUGAUGCUUUCUCUGUGAAGUAUCUCAUUUGUUUUAACCCUAAAUAGCAUUGAGAGGAGUCUUGCAUGUCUUGUGACGUACGCUCCGGUAGCAAGGCAUUCCCCGGGGUGUGUGGCACUGGUGUCAAGGGAUCACCUUAACUGCACGGUGCGACAGCAAUUAAUGAUCCCCGUUUUCACUACCGGAUGUGACACCAUGGUUCUCAGUGAAUUAUGUCCGCACUGUUGUCAUCACUUUUCACCGUUGCUGGUACAGCAACGGUGCCACGCAUCGUGCUGCAGCCGACACCGCACCAGUGCUAACGAACGCACCGUUGUCUGUACCACAGCUGCGGCUGUUCUACAACGUGCCAAACGCCAGACACCAGUUCGCAGCCAUCAGGAACCACUCCUAAACACUAUCAGAAACUGUACCGUUGAUUCAACGCAAGCGUAUCAUUUUUUUUUUCAGACACUGCACCAUCGCGAAUCACACCGGGUCCCAGAGGAGGCCUAACCUACCGAGCGUGUAUGCCACUCCUGUAACUUUAUACUGUAAACGAGAGAAGUCUUGCUUCUCUCCAGCCAAGGGAAUCAUUCUUAUGUUAAAGGAAGGUCACAGGAAUUAUAAUCCGCGCCGAUGACGGGGUCGACGAUAUUCAUUGUCAGUCUUCUGGUUCCUCGCGUUUUUUUCUCCUUCUCUUUUAUUAUUAUUAUUAUUAUUAUUAUUAUUAUUAUUAUUAAUUAUUAUUAUUAUUAUUAUUAUUAUUAUUAUUAUUAAUUAUCAUUAUUAUUAUUACCUGUAUUCCUUAUUAUUACAAUUAUUAUCAUAAUUAUGAAUUAUCAUUAAUACAGCUUUCUCAUGAUUAUUUAUUAUAUUAUUGUCAUAAUUUUCUAUUAUAUAAUACCAUCAUCACUAUUUUGGUUAUAUUUACUCUUGCUAAUACAGCAAUCUGGACUUACAAUAUUUUACAUUUCUCUAUACUUUAUUUUCCUCUGUUUUUCCUUCUCUCCCAUAAUAAAAAUGAAUCGUGUUCACACCCUCGCCUGACGUAAUUCCUGCCAUCUCUAAUCUUGAGAAAAAAUACAAAUAUAUAAAAAAAAAAGAUUUUUCAUAACUUUGUAAGUACAAUAACGUUGGUGAUUUUAAAACAAUAUAUUUCCCUAUCUUCCUUUCCUCUCCUUCCCCUUAAUCUCUUCGUCCAGAUUACCUUUAAUUGGAAUAUUUUUCUUCUACUCCCUCCUACCCCUUUAAAUACCCCCUCCCCAUUUUUCCCCCUCUCUCCCCCAUACAAUCUCAGCAUACUGGCCCUUAAUCCACCCAUUAAAAAUAAAAGUCUCAAAAUCACAACGAAUAAGAAAUCUAAACAAAAUGUGUAUAGAAGAAAACGGCAUCACAGUAUUUAUGUUUCU